ACCAAUAUUUAAAUCGAAGUAAAUUCGGAUUAGUUUUUACCACAGUCAGAAGACAUAGCUAUAGGUAGGUAUCUACCUCCUAUAGUAGGUACCUAAGUUGAAAACGCGAUUAUAUGUACGACGUAGGUACCUAUACAGUGUGCAAAUAGUGUAAUACAUCGUAUUAAUAUUAUUAUUAUUAUUAUUAUUAUUAUUAUUAUGUUGAAAAACGUCAUCAAAGUGAAACUGACAAAUAAUUUCAAACGAUUCAAAAUAAAUCCCCACAAGACGGUCGACAUCGAGUCGAGCUCCUGUUACUUCCUUGACGUGCCCAAAAUCCCGUCCGACUCGUUCCGAUCUGCCACAAAUUUCCCGACGAUACUCGGCCAAUAUCUGUGCCUGAUACCGAUAUCGCAGGAUCGUUUCCGGAUAUACAGCUUGAGGACCGCUCUGUCGGUGGUCGCGCUUGUCUGUCAAAUCAUCAUGACGUUUUUGAGUUUUUGCUGGCUGAAGGAAACAGGCGCCAACAUAUUCAAAGGAGGUCGAAGAAUCCCGCGACGUGGAUCAUUAAAAUACCUGUUACUACCAUACAAUGUGUUAUCAUUAGUUAUAGAUAAACAUAAUUUCGCUAAAGCUCUAAAAUUUUUGUUUUGUAUUGCAGUGGAACAUUUGAGCUACUUGUUGACAGGCAUCAUAACGACGGAACGGGAGAAUUCUCACGAAGUAUUCGAAAUUUACGUCUUGAAAAUGUUCCCACAAGUAUUUACUGUGAUUACAUACAACACGUGGAUAGCAGUGUUGGUGUUAGUAAUCAAUUCCGUGUCGACUCUCACCCUUUGUUUCUCGGAUCAGAUCAUCAUCAUGGGCAGUUUAGCGCUGGGAAAUUACUUUCAGAUAUUCAAUGACCGCAUGAAAACACACACAGGCAAGACAUUGACGUCGGAUCAAUGGAAGACAUUGAGAGUGGACUACACGCGGCUGUGCAAUUUGACCAGACUGUUGAACGACUGCUUGUGUCAUUUGCUGUGCGUGUCUUUGAUAAUACAUCUGUACAUCAUAUGCGUAGAACUGCACCAGGGCGUCGUGUAAGGAUGUUUUUUUUAUGUAUAGUGUUUAGCUAAUAUGCAUAUUAUUUAUAAAGACAUUUAAGGAAGUUCUAAACGGACUGUUUUCAUUCCAACGAUAUUGCAGAUCGAUAAAAUAAUUGCACGACAGAGAAUUCGAGAACAGGUUUAAAUUCGUGCGUUUUACCUGCCGGGGGGGGGGGCUCUAGGCGGAAAUCCAUUCAAAUUUAUGAACAUCAAUGUGAGCAGAGGGGGCUCGAUCCUAUAAAACUAAAAAAGAAGGGGUUUGACGGACUUUUUGGGGGAUAAUCCCCCCCCCCCCGUCCAGUAUUAAGAUCCUACGAAAAACAUUUAACAAAAUUUUACUUUUAAAAUGUAAAUAUUAAAUACCUAGGUACCCAAAAAGUCAAUAUGCAAUGAAAUAUUACAUAUUACAUACAAAUUAAAAUAUCAUAAAAUAACCAACGCAGGGACACAGGUAAUGAUUUCAACUUUAAGUUUGAUAAUAGGUGAAUUUACUCUAAUAUUAAAAGUAAUAACACAUGGUUAGCGAGACAAAACAAACGGACAUCCUCAUCAUCUGACAUUC